UUUUCUAAUUUCUCAUCCCCGUCUCCCCUCUGAUCGAGCUCCUUUUCUCCUGCUUGAUCGUCGGAGUAUCACCGGAAACUCUGUACUUCUCGUCUCCUCAACUUCAAGUUGUUCCAUCCUUCAGUGACUGUCUUACCGGAAAAUUUUUUCUCAUUUGUUACAAGAAAGAUGAGAGAAAUCCUACAUGUUCAGGGUGGACAAUGCGGUAACCAGAUCGGGUCGAAGUUCUGGGAGGUGGUUUGCGAUGAGCAUGGCAUAGAUCCAACCGGUAGGUACACUGGAACAUCCGAUCUGCAGCUUGAGCGCGUUAAUGUCUACUACAACGAGGCUUCUUGCGGGAGGUUCGUCCCUCGUGCGGUGCUUAUGGAUCUGGAACCCGGAACCAUGGACAGUGUACGAACCGGCCCUUACGGACAGAUCUUCCGUCCCGAUAAUUUUGUUUUUGGGCAAUCUGGUGCCGGUAACAACUGGGCGAAGGGACAUUACACGGAGGGAGCGGAGCUUAUCGAUUCCGUUCUUGAUGUCGUGAGGAAGGAGGCUGAGAACUGUGACUGUCUUCAAGGAUUUCAAGUUUGUCACUCUCUAGGUGGAGGAACUGGUUCUGGCAUGGGUACUUUGCUCAUUUCAAAGAUCAGGGAAGAGUACCCUGACCGGAUGAUGCUCACAUUUUCUGUCUUCCCCUCCCCAAAGGUUUCGGACACAGUGGUUGAGCCAUACAAUGCAACCCUUUCUGUUCAUCAGCUCGUUGAAAACGCAGAUGAGUGCAUGGUUCUUGAUAAUGAAGCUUUGUAUGAUAUUUGCUUCAGGACUCUCAAGCUUACUACUCCCAGCUUUGGUGAUCUGAACCAUUUGAUCUCUGCAACCAUGAGUGGUGUUACCUGCUGUCUCAGGUUCCCUGGGCAGCUGAACUCUGAUCUGAGGAAGCUUGCCGUGAACUUAAUUCCAUUCCCCCGUCUCCACUUCUUUAUGGUUGGAUUUGCCCCCCUGACCUCACGAGGUUCUCAACAAUAUCGGGCUCUGACUGUCCCAGAGUUGACCCAACAGAUGUGGGAUGCCAAGAACAUGAUGUGUGCUGCUGACCCUCGCCAUGGCCGCUACCUUACUGCCUCAGCUAUGUUCAGAGGUAAGAUGAGCACUAAGGAAGUGGACGAGCAGAUGAUCAAUGUGCAAAACAAGAACUCGUCCUACUUUGUGGAGUGGAUUCCAAACAAUGUUAAGUCUAGUGUCUGUGACAUUCCACCAAGGGGACUGUCAAUGGCAUCUACCUUCAUUGGAAAUUCUACUUCAAUCCAGGAGAUGUUUAGGAGGGUGAGCGAUCAGUUCACGGCAAUGUUCAGGAGAAAGGCUUUCUUGCACUGGUACACUGGUGAGGGCAUGGAUGAGAUGGAGUUCACAGAAGCAGAAAGCAACAUGAAUGACCUUGUCUCGGAGUACCAGCAGUAUCAGGAUGCAACUGCUGAUGAGGAAGACGAUUACGAGGAUGAGGAUGAGGAAGGUCUGCAGGAGAUGUGAAGAACCGAACCAGAAAAUGAGCGUCUUUAAAGUUAAACUCUAGUGCCCUCUGCGUUGUGAAUUGUGCCUUUUAGCUUUGUCUACUCGAUGUUCACUAAUUAUCAAGUGCUUGGAAUAUUUGAUUUCAUCUGCAUGGGGAAUGGGGAUGACUGCUUACCCUGCCCGGAAUAUUAAAAGGUUCUCAUCUUUUCUAUGCUCUUUGGUCGCAGGCGAUAUAUGUAAGAAAGUUAAAACCUGUUUUCUUUUGAUACACCUUAUUUUAAAACAUCACUUGCACUAGUGUGUAUCAUUUAUAUUUAUUAAAGUUACUCGUCCCAAAUUCAUCA